AUGGGAUUCAGCGCAAAGAACACUUUUCACCUCAACCGGCCGAUGAGUCAGAAUAUCGUCUGCGGCCUUAUUCUUUUCUGUCUGCCCGGAAUCUACACGGCGUUGACCGCCCUGGGCGCUGGCGGCGGCAAGCCUUCCUCGUCCGUCAUCGCCAACCAGACAAAUGCCAUUCUCUAUGGUGUCUUCAUCGUCUUUGCGUGCAUGGGAGGCACCAUCGUCAAUUUAUUUGGGCCCCGGCUCUCGUUGAUGAUCGGAACGCUUGGGUACCCUCUGUACGUGGGUGGUUUAUGGUACUACGACAACACGGGCAAUUCCUGGUUCCCGCUCUUUGCGGGUGCCGUUCUAGGUGCUCUCUCGGGGGUGCUGUGGACGUGCGUCUACAUGGUUGCGUACGCGUAUGCAGACGAGAGCCAAAAGGGCUUGUUCCUGGCCGUGCAGUGGGCGCUUCGCUCACUCGGCGCAUCUGUCGGUGCUGCCAUUGCAUUCGCCGUCAACUACGGCCAGGCCAAGCCCACGGGUGUGUCUUCUGCCGUGUACAUUGUGUUCAUUGUUCUGCAAAUAAGCUCUCUGCUUCUUUCUGGACUCCUGAUUGUCAAUCCAACGGACGUCGUCCGCAAGGAUGGCACGCGCCUCGCCAAAUUCGAAUCGCCGACGUUCAAAGCCGAGAUCAAGAAGCUGCAAAAGUGCUUCACGGAUAAGAGGAUCCUUCUGCUUACACCUGGGAUGAUCGUUUGUGAGAUGCCCCUUGGCACUUUGUCCACUGUAAAUGGAUUUUUUCUGAACUUGCGUUCUCGAGCUCUAGCAAGUAUGUGUUUCCAAAUUAUCCAAGUCAUUGGCCCGCUGCUCCUAGUAUGGAUCUUUGAUUCAAAGAAGAUUGGCAGCCGAAAGAUGCGAGGGCUUCUUGGCGUUGGUUCAAUGGGAGUCAUGGCCAUUGGCACUUGCAUAGGAAUGUACAUUUGGUUGUUCGCUGUCAACUAUGACAAGCUCGGGAAGCCUCCGGGGCGAGACUGGGCCGAUAGUGGCGCGCCCGCAUUUUUCGCUCUCUACAUUCUCUACGGCUGGGUGUAUGCCGGAUUCCAAAUGGCAGUUGGCUGGUGCUCUUCUUCGCUUUCCAACGACCCUACCAAGCUCGCUCAGUAUGCCGGGUACACGCGGGCAUGCACAUCUCUCGGCAUGUGUAUCAGCUUCGCACUUGCUUCUCAGUCUGUGUCCUUGUUGACUCAACUGAGCAUAGAAUUUGCGCUUUACGUGAUUGGAUUUUGCGGCAUGGUGUACGGUGUCCUUUUCAAGAUCAAGGAGACCAAUUACCCAUCCGAGGACGGUGUAAUUGCACCGCAGAAAGAGGGAGAGAAAUGCGAGAGCCAUACUCUCGAAGAACAGACUUCUGCCAAGGGUCGAGAUUGA